AUGCUCUCGAACACUGCCGCAAUCAAGCAAAACACCAGAUAUGUGGAAGAGGACUUGAACAGGUGCUACCUCCUGGCAGACCUUGAAAACGACGAGACCUCCACCUCCAGCCUCGAGCGGAAGCGCGCCCGCGAGGUGGAUGCGCUCCUGGGCCCAAAGAGUUCGGACACGCCGCGCUGUGACUUCAUUGUUGAUCUGCACAACACGACCGCGGCCACGGGUGUGGCCCUGCUCAUGGCCCCGGAUGAUGAGUUUGCACAUGAAGUGGGCCACUACCUGAGUACUCUUGAUGACUCUGUGAGGGUCGUAGAGUGGAACGAUCAACCGGAUUGGGCCCUUUGCCCCUCCGUGGGUCGUAGUGGCCUGACCUUCGAGGUGGGCCCCUGUCCUUGGGGAUGCCUCGAGCCGGAGCUUUUCCAGCGCUCGCGAAGGCUAGUGCUAGCCUUGCUGGAUUACAUCGAGAAGCACAACUCGCUGAUCGCCCAGGGCAGCUCAAAGAAGGAGAAGGUCUCCAUGCCCGUGUACCGUGCCAUCGGCGUCUCGAUGGACUAUCCGCGACCUUCAGGAUUGAUGGAACUGCAAGAAGACGUGCCAGCUUCGCAGGACCAAGCUGCAGAAGGGCUUGCUGAGGUAACCGAUGCUUCUAUCGUGGAAGCUGCACCAGCACUGACUACUGCCGAUUUGGGUGAUGAUGCAGCUGCUGCUGCCACACUCAUUCCCGUCGGAGAGGCUAGUGCCGAUACACCAACUGGUGGCACCGUUACAGAUGCAAAUGCCGCCACUGCUUCGGAUGUGAUGGGUGAGGACACAGACCAAGCCGUGGUGGAGGUGGAGAUGGACCCGAGCCCGACUGUUUGCUUUGAAGAGGCUGUGCCGAGCACGCCCACUGCCAAAGAAGAAGACACAGUAGAAGAGCUGGCCCCUUCCCAGGACGUGGAAGCGGAACCACUGGCGAAGAAGAAAGCUGCAAAGAAGAGAAAGGUCUUCCACAAAGCAGGCUCUGCCAAACAGAGUAGCGGCAGCCUGCAGUCUUCCAGAAUGAGUCCAGCUGUGCUGGGCAAGCAAGCUGACGCCAGCGUUGCCGCCUCGACUUCUGCUGAAGACUUGAAGCUAACUCCCAUCGCCCCUAGCCAGUCUUCUACCCUUGCAGGGCAGCACUUAGCCGGACGGCCGUCGAGUGCCCAGAAAUCAGCGGAUGGGGCUUCAGCUGUAUCACCUUAUACUGAUGGCGGGACUGCGACGCAAGCUCCUUCUUUGCCUGCACAGCUCCCGUUUCAUUUCCACUGGGACGUGUCGUGCGUAAGGCUUGAGAGCGUGCAGCCGCAGCUUCCCACGAACUGGGAACAUGCCAUUGCGCAAAGGAUUGAGAGAGAAUGGCGGCGCUGCCGAAAAGAGCAGGAGCAGGCCUGGGUAUCCAACGGCAAUGUGCCCUUUGAGUUGCAACGACUGGCUUCAAGCUUGGGUGCAUCCUCGGAUGAAUUGUUUGCACGUGUUUGUGAACGAACCCUUUCUGGAUGGCAUGGCGAAGAAACCGGAAAACCCCGGCCUACGAUGCCAAUGAAAGUUGUAGCCGUUGAUACGAUCUGUGGCCAAGCUGUGCAGAAGGAGGAUUUGGAAGCAUUGUCGGGAAGCAGGGGCGCGGGCAGCCUUUGGUGCAACCUGACGUAUGACCUCAGCAGCGAUCCACUUCUCCAAGAUCUUGACUAUGCCAGAAAGAGUGAUACUAGUACCACCUUCUCAACCUUGUUGUUUGUGUACGGCUUGGAGGCCACUGAUUCUUCGGAGAAGUCCCUUUGCGAUGUGCGAUGUGCUCGCAUAGAUCACUUUGAUUUUGCCUUGUGUUUCCCACCAGCACCAUACCCGACAUACAACUUGCCUGUGCCGGAAGUGGAUUUUCCGACUCUGCUUGGCCUGGAGUCUGGCUCUGACAUAUGCAUGUCCGAUGAUUGGAUGACCCAAGCACGGGCAGUCUUGACGUGGCUGUUCUGGGACUGCUUCGAUGAAAUUUUCACGCCCCAUGCGACAGAGAUAAAGCUUCGCGACAAGCCGGGUCGAACAUUGCUUCCAUUCGGUGUGCACCGUCGCUUCGACAAGAAGCUGAAAGACUGUGGCGAUCGGGCUGAAGCCCUGGGUUGUUUGCUGUCGACGAUGCGGCCACAGCCAUUUCAGCUGCCUUUCCGCACCACGGUUACCAAGGAGGAAGCAGACGCUCAUUGCGAGCAGCACGGGGGGGAGAAUGUCUUGCUCGCCGCUGUUGAAGUGGCAUUCCAAAAGGCAGCCUGCGAGUAUAAUGAGACGCUCGGUGGGGAAGGUCUUCCGAAACAGUGGCUCAGAAGCACAGGGCAAGACCUGUGGGAUCGGUGGCCAUUGCAUCUUGAGUCGGGUGAUGGCGCGCGUCAGAUGUUUCGCGAGGUCAGCUGUAUUCCGGCAACCUACAAGCUGCCUUGCGCAAGCAAGAGAUUGGCAGUGGUGCACUGCAAAGGCAUCAUGCGGCUGCCGGAGCUCAGUGGAGAUUCUGCGGCCAGGUCAAGAAAGCUUACCCACACGUCCAUUUCAGCAGACCUGGCACCCACCAACCAGACUGAAGUUGACGGUGCGGAGCUGGGCGACAUAGUCCGCAUGGAGAUCGAAGACAAAGAAAUGGACAUGACGCUAGACCUUUCGAGGUGGGAGGAUGAAGGUGUCGUGACUGUCGGUGACAUCAACAUCAACGAUCACGUUCUUAUCAGAGAGGUCCUUCUGGCGGUUGAGCAAAUGGAGACGUGUGCAGAAGUCCUUGACUGUGGGGCGUUGCUGAAGGAGAGCUUGCGGCACCAGCUGUCGCACUUAGCCCACGGUUUGCGGUCCAUGCAGAGGGCCUCCCUGAAGACCCAGCUUCGAAGCGUUGGCCUGGCAGUUUUUGAGUCGGAACGCCUGAAGCCUCAGAACACGCUGCGCCCGGCAUCCUUGGCAUCCCGGGCUCUCAGAGGGAUCAAAGGGAAACGUGGACUUCAGCUUCAGAACGCUGUGAAGGCAGGAGCAUCUGGCCUUGCGUCUGCAAUGGAGAUCGAUGAUCGAGACGGCGAAGAUCUUGGGGUGAGCCAGGAAGGGCAGCAGGUCAUGCUGCUCUCAGCCCCUGAAGGAAUAUUGCGAAGGCAGGCCGAAGCACGCAGAAUGCUUCGAAGAGUGCUUCCAAAUCGCAGCAACGAGUUUCUAGGGGGCUUUACGCCUUCCCAGUUUGAUCAAGGAGGGCCUUUGCAGCAGUACUGGUCUGAAACCAUGCAAAAGCCGUACCACUACCGACCAUAUUUCUGCUCGGCAGUUUCUGAGGCCGACCCAUCUUCUUUGUUGUCACCUUCUGAAAGAAAAUACUUGGUCAAGCGCAUGGUAACUGAUCCACUGGUGGACACCAAGCUGCCAGACGGAAGAAGCAGCCACACCCCUGGCGGAGCAAACCUAGAUCCACGGGAGUUGCGGGCGGAUGAUAUCAUCGAAGGUGGCCUUGUGAAUCUGCAGAGCUCUGCAGGAUUGCUGCAGUUGGCCAAUGGCUUCAUUUUUCCCUGGAGGGCCAAAGGCUGGAGAUACUUCAUACCACUUCGCAGAUGCGAUACGGCACUGGUAUUGCGCCAUUUUGGCCCCAAGACAGCCAGUUAUUUCGAGUUCCUGGAAACCUACAGCAGCUUCCUGUUCAUAGCUUCAGUUGCCGGGAUUUUGGCAGAGCUUGCGGGCCCCCCAAAUGCAGAAGCAGAGUUCGCCUUCUGGAAGAUCAUCCGGCCCAGCUUUGGUAUUUGCAUGUGCAUUUGGGGCGCCUGCUUUUGCAUUUUCUGGCGACGACGUGCCGCCCAGCUCGCUUUCAGCUGGGCAAACGGCUGGAUUGAAGAAGGCGACGACCUGAGAAGUUCCAGUACCAUCCAAGGCUUGGCACAGGUGCGUCCGGAGUUUGCUAGCCGAUGGCGGCAGAACUUUGAAAAAGCUGGGGUGACGAAGCAGGAAGAGACGCUGGACGCACUGCGGGCUGUGCUACGAGCUCCAAGCUCCUCUGUCCACUUUGGCAACCGUGCCUUACGGCACGACAUAGCGCAUUUCGAUGAGACAUGCUACCAAGGCAAGUUCGCACAACUGUGGCGGUCCCUGUUUGCCUAUGCAGCAAGCGGUUGUUUCAUCGUGCUUGCCUGCGGUGCGACGUAUGGUACGUUGGCAGCCAACUACGUAUUGGGGCUGAGCAACUCAACUCUUGGGUACAUGGUCAUGGGCUUUACGACGAGCGUCUUCGUUCCACUGCUGAACACCUUACACCACGCCGUUGUCAUUUUCACCAACGAGUACCAGCUUUUCCGACAGGACAGCGACAAAGAGCGCGACCUGUUCGAUCGGCUCUUUGUUUUUGCUCUGUUCAACACGUACAACAGCCUUCUUUGGAUAGCAUUCGCCGAGCGCAACAUGGAGCAGCUCCGGGUACAGGUCAUGUUCAUCAUGGUGUUCUCUCGAGCGAUCGUGAACAACAUGCUGGAGUUUUACUGGCUUCUCUGGAUGAAGCAGAUUCGCGAAGCCGCUGCACACAUGCACCCUCGUGAUGCAGAGAAAACAAUCUGGCGACGAAUGCUUGUGGUGCUGACUGGCGACUUCCAUGACGAAGUGACGGAUGCUGCUCGAAGUCAGCACGGCCCUGAAGGUUGGAUGCUCGACCAGCUUGCAGAUCAGCUGACACGCGACACGUCUUUUGAGCAGGUGAAAGAGACCAUCGAACUUGUAAUACAGUAUGGUCUCGUAAUGAUGUUCACUCUCGCAUUCCCUUUGACUCCACUAAUCGCUUUGAUCGACUGCAACAUCGAAAAACGUUUGGAUGCUUUCAAGAUCGUAAGACUCCAGCGCUCGCCUGAGCCUCGGAUGGUGGUGGGCCUUGGUCAGCCGUUUCGUGCUUUCGUUUUUGUGACGGCCCUGGGGUUAUUGGUCUCCGGGCUCAUGCUGUAUUUCACCGAGUAUGCUGGCGAGAAGUGCACCAGGUGUACGAUGUUUGGCAACUGUGGCAGCUGUGGUGGCACGGGCGUAGACUUGAUUCUGCCCAAUGUCAGCUUGGAGUUGAGACUUUUUCUGCUGUCGGCUGGAGAGCAUGUGCUGCUGAUUCUCAUGUUUAUGUUCUUUACGUUUAGCCCUGUUAGCACGCGAGUGCUCCAAGAACAGUAUAGGCAAAAGCUUUUUGAAAAUCGCUUGCAGCUCGAAGCUGCAUCUGAAGGGCAAAUGUCCCAGCCCACGGUCCACCCGUCCCUGCAAGGGCAGGACUUCAAGGAGCUCCGAGAUGGUGACCCUUUGUUUAUGACCUUCGACGGUGAUGUGCAAGCAUUCGAUCGAAAGGAGCGGAAGGUGCCGGAGAAGUAUGAGUCUGUUUUUGCCCUCUUCGUGAACGAAGCAGCCUACUAUGAGAAGAAGACGGCGCUGAUGCUGGUGAGCCGAGCGGAGGCCUCCUUCUCGAAAGUAGUGUGA